AGCACAUUUUGCACUGUGCGAGGCCUUAGCGAUGGCGAAAGUGCCAAAGGUCAAGAAGAAGGGCGUUUCUGUCCAUUCUCGCGCCGCUCGCCGUGGUGCUGAGCCUCCACGCAAAGAUCUCGAGGCGAUCAAGCCGCCAAAGGAAGAGAAAGAAUACAAACCAUGGCUACAUAAUGCGCAGAAUGCUGGGAUCCAGAAGAAGCAGAAAAAGAAGCAAUUGACUACGGCGCAGAGGAAGCGGCAAGAGAAGGCAUUGGAGAAGGCAGAUGCAAUCAGCGGCAAGCAUGAGAAAAAGGUGGCUGACAGCAAAAGGAGAAGUGCGAGGACGCAGACUCGUGCGAGACAAUGGGAGGAACUGAACGAGCAAGCGGAGGCGGUGAAGCAAGCUCAAGACGAGACGAAAAAGGCAGCGAAGCCCACAAAGGCUGGGGCGGCUGCGCAAGCAGUUGGAGACGAGGCCAUGCCAGAUACUCAAGUGCCGGUCGUGACAGAACAGCCCACAGUGCCUGAGGGAGCACCUGGGUGGGCGUCGAUGCAUGCGCAAACAGAGGACUUUGACGAGAUUACGUGAAAAGAUGCUCCUUGGUAUGAAGCAUGUCACCUGAGAAUCAAGCCUGCACGCGUCUCUCUGCUCAGCCACAGCUGGGACCUUCGCACGACAGUAAAGCUGUGCUGCGCAACGAAGCUGCGCCAGUUACACAGUGCCUGCAAGGUCCCGCCGCAGUCGAGCUCGUACAGUGCGGUGUGCACGCGGCAGCAUAUGGCUGACGUGCCACGAGGAUGGAGGAAGGAGAAGGCUGCACGACACGAGUACGUGUUGGCACUGGAGAGAGCGUGGGAGGCAUAUGCAGAAGUGUAGCAUAGCAUGCGGUGUGGCGCAAGAAUCGACAUCGGACUCCAUAACACGGCAGCGAAAUUUCGACGUUUGCAAAUAUUCUGCCUUCGGUUUUGAUGCGGUGCGAGUACGAGAACAGAGCGGAAUGGCAGUUGCAAACCGAACCGAGAUCAGAAAGUCGGGAGACUCGGAGGUCGGCCAGUCGGCGAGACUUGAGAUGCUAGUCCCAACGCCAGAGGUCGUUCAGAAUUGCGAUUGCGAUCUGGAAUCGAAGGUGCACAAAAGCGGUUGCCGCGCUGCAUAACUGUCACGCCCUACCGGACGGUUGCUACGGCCGUCUGAGAGCACAGGAAGCACACGCCAGAAGAGCGCCC